AUGGCGGCGACGGUCGUGGUCGAGGCCCCGCAGUCGGACAAGGAAGACGCCGACGAGAACGACGGUCACUUGAGCUCCGAGACGUCAGAAGACGAAGAAGAUGAGCAAGACGACGUGGCGCUCGAUGACGACGAAGACGAGGCGUCGCCGGCCGAUGACAUUGACAUGGAAGCGGCGACCGAGCGGGAGCUGGAGCUCGCCUGCGCCCAGGCGCCAGCAGCCUCCAGCAGCAGCAGCGAGACCGACAGCGAAGACAACGACGAAGAUGUCGAUAUGGAGGCCGAGAUCGUCAAGGAGCUCGAGGCCGCGACCGUCGAAAUGACGCCUGCUGCGCCUGUCGUGGCCGAAGCCGCGCGCAAGGAAGCUGCGAACGCCCGUCGCCUUGCGGGUAUUAAGGAGCGCGAGGCGCAGAUGGCCGCGAUGAAGAAGCAGCCGACGCCGAUCGCUACGACCAACAAGACGAUCACGUUCGGCGACGACUCGGACGACUCGAGACCACGUCGACGCCGGCACCGUCCAAGAAGCGCGCGCUCCUUAGCGACUCGGACGACAACGACGAUGACGACAAGGGCGACGAUGAUUUCCUUGGGCUCAAGCGGCGCAAGGCGGAAGCGCUCUUCGAGUUCCGACCCGAGUUUGCCGGCGCGGACGGCAAGCGGCUCUUCCAUGUGCAAAAACGGUUUGGCGGCGACGAGCCUUUUCACCUCGCCGCGCGCUUCGUCGAAGGCGACGAGUUCAACGACGGCGUUGACGACGCUACGCACGACGUCAAUGAACAACGCGAUCCAGACGUGGGCCACCGCCGCGCCGGACGCCGACGAGGUCGCCAAGCAGGCAUACAUCACGGAGACCGAGCUCUCGCUCGCGCGCUUGCACCGGUCGGUCUCGGACGCCAAGGACUUCAAGCAGCUCGGCUGGCUCGCAGCCGUGCGUCGGUACGACCCGCUCGACGCUGGCGUGAAAGCCUUUGAGCAGACGGCUCCGACCGACGCCGAGAUCGCCAAGGACAACGACGACGACGACGACGGCGAGCCGUUGCCGCCGAUGCCAGUCCGUAAGGAGACGCCGAUGCCCGAGGUGUCGGAGGAGCGGUACUUUGCCGCGACGUCGGACCUCUCGACCAUGUUCUCGCGCGUCCGCGCCAACUCGGAGGACGGCGAGGAGAUGGAAGCCGCGCUCGAUGGUAUCGUCAAGCCGGCCGCGGCCGCGUCGAGUGGCUUUAGCUUUGCGUCCAUGUUUGGCGGCGGCGACGUCAUCGAGGACGAUGUCGACGACCACGUCGACGCCAAGCCGCUCGAGGAGAAGCCGGACCUGGACGACUCGACGUGGCACUUUGCCAACACAGUGCGCAAGGUCGUCCAGGACGACAGCACGGACGACGAAGCCAUGGAAGACGACGACGACGACGUCGAGUGCCGACACGUUGGCAAGCCGGACCCGUGGACCAAGACGCACGAGGCCGACUGGAUGACGCUGCGCAAGACAUAG